UUAUCAUUUCUCCUUCACCAGAGUGUGGACCCAAGAACAGAACAGCCGUUAAAUAAUUCAAACAGGAAAGAAAGAAAUGAUUUUGAAUUUCAAAUUGAGUAACGGUCACAAAUCAAAAUCCCUAACUACUUCCUCCCAUCUCCGAUUUACAGAACAAUGUUUCAUUUCACCCAACACUAACAAAAAAAAAAAGAAAAAAUCUCCAUUGAUAGUAGUAAGAAAAUCCUUUUUCAAUUUUCCCCAAAUCAAAAAUGGCGACUCUAACCCCAGGUAUUCUUCUCAAACUCCUCCAAUCCAUGAACUCCACCACCAAAGUCACCGGCGACCACCGCAGCCCACUCCUCCAGGUCAUCGGAAUCAUGCCGGCUCUCUCCACCGCCGACUCCCUCUGGCCCAACCACGGCUUCUACGUUCAGCUCUCCGAUUCCCUCAAUUCCACCUACGUUUCCCUCUCCGACCGAGACACCGAUCUCAUCCUCGCCAAUCGCCUCCAAUUAGGUCAAUUCGUACACCUCGACCGCCUCCUCUUCGACUCCCCUCCGGUCCCUACCCCCGUCAACCUCCGCCCCGUCGCCGGCCGCCACCCCUUCAUCGGAACCCCCGAACCCCUAAUUACUCGAAUCUCCCCUUCUAAGAACGGGUACGUCAUUCAGCCUGUUUCAGACUCCGACCCCUCUGUGGAUCCCAUCGCCGCCUAUUUAUCUAGGGCAGGAAAAAAGGAGAACGAGAUUAAAGAGAAAUUCACAGAGAGUAGUAAGGUUAACAGUAACAGGCCAGUGAUUGCUCCGAAAGAGAAUGUGAAUGUCAAUGUGACUGGUAAUUCUGUUUCCGACAAGACAUCGCAGAGGUUUUCAUCGCCAGGGGCAUUGAAGCAGAGAUCGGCGUCCACCGGAAAAAAACCCGCGGCGGCGGCAGAGAGGGAUCAGUCACCGGCCUGCAAGUCGGGGAAAAGAUCCUCUUCCCCUGUGCCACAGAAAUGUGUGGUGCCUAGCCUUGUCUCAGCCAAGGAAGAAAACAGGAGGACGUCGAGGGAGCCUUCGAUAAUCGUACCGUCUAGGUACCGGCAGCCAUCGCCGACCGGUGGUGUGAGGCGGCAGGCGAGUCCGGCGGUGGCGGCGAGGAGGAUGUCGCUGUCUCCGGGAAGGAGGUUAUCGGGUGGGCUUAAGGUGUCGCCGGCUUUAGACUCGUCGGGAAAGAAGAAGAUGGCUGGUAUUGUUGCUGGGAUUUCGAAGAUUUCUGAGGGGCUUGCGGGGUCCGGUAAACCGAGUAGGAAGAGUUGGGAUGAUGCAUCGGCGUCGAGUGGUGGAAGCUCGUCCGAGCAUAAAGAGAAGGUGGGAACUAGGAACAAACCGGAUUUGCAGGCCAUCUUGAGAACUCAGGCUGCUAUAUCGAGGCGUUUGAGUGAUGUACAUGAGAAUUUGCCGAACAAUGAGAAUUUUGGAAGUCCUUUGGGGGAGGAGAAAGUAAAUGUUGCAGGUCCGGUUAUCACCAUACACGAAAAAAGAUGGACUGAUGGGAGUGUUCCGUUGGAUUUGGUCUCUUCUGAUCUUGCAAAACUUGGAAAGGAUGCCAUGCAGAGGAGAAGAGCUGCUUCAGUGGCUGCUGCUGAAGCUUUGGAGGAGGCCAUCGCCACGGAAUCUAUUGUUAGAAACUUGAGCAUGUUUUCAGAGCUCCUGGCCAUGUCGAAGCCUGAAAAUCCACUCCCUACAAUCGACCGGUUCAUGUCCAUUUACGAGGAUGUUCUGAAAUCAACAGCAGAAGCUGAAUCAAUCUCGUCUCUCCAUAAUUCAUCAACAACAAUUAAUGACAACAGCACCUCAACAGACCAAUCAAAAUCCAGCAGCAGCAGCAGCAGCACUCUUUGGGUGGAAGCUGCUCUAGCCACAAAUCUCGAAGUCGUCUCCCUUCUAACAAACGAAAAAUUUGAAGGUUCGUCAAAAGUCGGACAACAAAGUUCGAAGAAAAAACUACCUCUCAGUGGACCUGUCAAGAGUAAUAAUAAUACCACGAAGGGCUUAUCAGUAAUUGGAACAUGGAGUAAGGGCAUGGGAAUGAGUGAGACAGUCGAACUUGGAAAAAGUUUGCAGUUUGAGAUGCAAAUGUGGUUUUUGAGGUUUGUUGAGGAAUCUCUCGAUGCUGGUUUUCGAGUGUUCGGAAACUGUGGUAAUAAUAACACUGGUGUUAGUAACUGUGGACCAAUAGCAGCGAUUUUAUCGCAGCUGAAGCGAGCUGAAGCGAGUCACGAGUGUGACCGGAUAGUGUCGAAAAGGGAUAACGAGGUUUUGAUGGAAAAGAUCGAGCGCCUGAGACGGAAGAUUUACGGGUUCGUCAUUCAGCAUGUUGGCACGACGGUUGACAAUACAUCUCCAACAGCCUCAACUUGAGGCUGAUGAUAUGCUAUUUGUUCUUGAUAUAAAUGAUGUUUCUUGUUUCGUUGUAAUAUACUAUCGAUGCAGGUAAUAUGAAUUGAAUUUCUUAAAUUGCUUGAACUUCCUUGUUUGGGUAAUUUUUUUUUUUUUUAA